CUUCAGUCUUCAGUGCAGCAGAAGACGAGCAUUGGCAACGCCACCAAUGCCAUGAUGGCGACGCUUUCCUUUCCUGCGAGCGCGCCCCCGCUUGCCCUUCUGGCUGCUGCAAAAGUUGGCCACGUGGAUCUAGCCCCCAAGCCAGACCAGUCUGCAGACAAGGCAGCGGCGCCGGUCCUGACUUUCGCAAACGGGGACCAGCUACGAGGCACUGCAACUCUGCUUCGCUACAUCGGGCGCGCCAGCAAGGCUGUCGGUUUCUAUGGCGUCGAUGCCGCCUCAGCUGGGGAGGUCGAUGAGUGGGUGGACUAUGCCCCGACGCUGGCGAUCGGCGCCGAGUUCGAGCGGACGUGUGCUUACAUUGACAGUUUCUUGGAGCUGAGAACGUUUCUGGCGGGGUAUCAGUUGACGAUCGCGGACAUCGCGGUUUGGGCCCAGCUGCAAGCUGCCGGAAAGCGAUGGGAGGCCCUACUGCGCUCCACGACCAAGUUUCCAAACCUUUCCCGCUGGUUCUCAACCGCUCUCGGGACAGUUGCGGAAUUGCAACUAGUCGCGGCAGAAUAUGGGCCGAAGCCUCGGGGGGGCGAGGUCAAGGGGGCCCCAGCGAGCGACAAGAAGGGGGCCGAAGCAGGAAAGGGGAGCGGCAAAGCGGAAGCGGCAAAGGACGAGGGCUCGUUUGACGUCAAUUUGCCGGACGCUGCCGAAGGGAAGGUCGUAACCCGUUUCCCGCCCGAACCGAGCGGCUACCUCCACAUCGGGCACGCUAAAGCCGCGCUCCUCAACCAGUACUUCGCAACCAAGUACAAGGGCCGACUCAUCAUCCGCUUCGACGACACGAACCCCAGCAAAGAGAAGGAGGACUUCGUCCAGAACAUUCUGACGGAUCUUCAAACGUUGGGAGUGAAGGGAGACGGGCCGGUCACGUAUACGAGCAACUACUUCGAGCAGCUGCAGAAGGAGUGCGAGCGGAUGAUACGCGAAGGGAAGGCGUAUGUGGAUGACACGCCGCAGGAGAAGAUGCGCGCGGAGCGCAUGGUGGGCGACAACAGCGUGAACCGCGACAACAGCGUGGAGAAGAACCUGGCCAUGUGGGCGGAGAUGCUCAAGGGCACGGAGGAGGGCAAGAAGUGCUGCGUGCGCGGGAAGCUCGACAUGCAGGCCGCCAACAAGGCGAUGCGCGACCCGGUGUACUACCGCUGCAACCCCAUGCCGCAUCACAGGGUCGGAACGAAGUACAUGGCGUACCCGACAUACGACUUCGCCUGCCCGUACGUCGACAGCAUAGAGGGGGUGACACACGCGCUGCGCUCGAGCGAGUACCACGAUCGGAACGAGCUGUACGACCGGGUGUUGUCCGACUUGGACGUCCGCAAGGUGCACAUGUGGGACUUCAGCCGGCUCAACUUCGUGUACACGCUGCUGAGCAAGCGCAAGUUGCAGUGGUUCGUGGACAACGGCAAGGUGGAGGGGUGGGACGACCCGCGCUUCCCCACCGUGCAAGGCAUCUUGCGCCGGGGGCUCACCGUGCAGGCGCUCAAGGAGUUCAUCCUUUCGCAGGGCGCGUCGAAGAACCAGAACCUGAUGGAGUGGGAUAAGCUAUGGACGAUCAAUAAGCGGAUCAUCGACCCCGUCUGCCCCCGCCACACCGCCGUCAUCUCGGAAGCCAAGGUCCUGCUCACGCUCUCCAACGGGCCGCAAGAGCCUAUCGUCAAGAUCCUCCCCCGCCACAAAAAGUUCGACGGCGCCGGCAAAAAGGCGACCACGUUCACGCGCGCGAUCUGGCUCGACCAGGCCGACGCGGCCGCAGUCAAAGAGGGCGAAGAAGUGACGCUCAUGGACUGGGGCAACGCGUUCAUCCGGGGUAUUCACACCGACGCGGACACCGGGUUAGUGACCGGGUUAACGGGCGAGCUGCACCUGGAGGGGAGCGUGAAAACGACAAAACUGAAGUUGACGUGGCUGCCGGAGAUUGGCGAGCUGGUGCCGCUGAGUCUGGUGGACUUGGAUCACCUCAUCACGAAACCGAAGCUGGAGGAAGAAGACGACUUCACGAGCGUGCUGAACCCGGUGACGAGGCGCGACACGCCGGCGCUUGGGGACGCCAACAUGCGGAACCUGCAGAAAGGGAACGUGUUGCAACUCGAACGGAAGGGGUACUACAUCGUCGACGUUCCGUAUUUACGAAAGGAGAAGCCGGUGAUGUUGAUCAGCAUUCCAGACGGCCGGCAAAAAGACCCUAAACAGGCUGCCCCAGCAAAGAAAUGAGGGGUAAUCUGAGCAAAGUAGAUUCGUAAGGUUGCAGUGUCGCCUGCAUGCAAGUUAAUGUGAUACGACCGAAUUGGUAUUCGUACGUGGAGCGUGCUUCAACGCUAGCUGCGCCAAAAGGCGCACAUCAAACCCUUGUCCAUUCGUUCUCAACAUUUGUGGUUGGCCGG